AUGUAUGAUCCGCUGAUCACUAGAACCUUAAGCAGACACAACAACAUCUCAAGAGCUACACCUGAUAAACACGAGAUACGCACCUUCAGCUCAGCUUGCAACAACCGGAGCAAUGCUGCCUCCCGCUCUGAACAUCCCCAAAUGGUAUCUCACACUCUGGCACUCCCUCCUCAAACACCCGCAUACUACCUCUGGCCGAAGUUGUACAGAAUGAGCAAUAUUCUUGCCCUUGAAUAUCAAGCGCCUGAUGUCGUAGCAACAGCUACUAAUUUCACUUUUGAUACUGUCGGAAUCCUGCUUAUAUAUGCAGGCCAGAGGCAGCAGAAAUCUACCUCAUCACAGAUCUACCCCUCCCCCGCGCUUCCCACAGACCCGAACCUGAGAUCAUGCCAGCUAACAAACAACUCCCUUCAGGCUCGAAGCCAACUCGCACCUCCUGCAACCCCCGGUAAACAACUACUGCGUCUACCACCCCUCCUCCCCCGCAACCUCCGGGUACACGGUCAUGAUAGUCGGCGGCCCAAACGCCCGCACAGACUACCACAUCAACAGCACCCCGGAGUUCUUCUACCAAUACCGGGGCUCAAUGCUGCUCAAGACCGUGGACACGAGCACAACCCCGCCCACCUUCCAAGACAUCCCGAUCCACGAGGGCUCGUUGUUCCUGCUACCCGCCAACACGCCGCAUUGCCCUGUUCGCUUCAAGGACACGGUUGGCGUUGUCAUGGAGCAGCCGCGGCCUGA